AUGUCGUGGAAGCUCACGAAGAAGCUCAAGGAGACCCAUCUGGGCCCUUUGGCCAACACCUUCUCCCGCUCCCCUUCCACAUCUACCAUCACCGACAACAGCGAAAAGGCCCAGCCUGGCGCCGCCGCUCCCCCCUCGAAUGAAGGAACCAUCGCUGCCUCCGAGGCAAUGGCGCAAGCACCCGUCGUCAACCCUCCGAAGCCCGGUAUUCUCGUCGUCACCCUGCACGAGGGCCAGGGUUUCUCUCUCCCCGAACAACACAGACAAGCCUUCGCUUCUUCACACCAAGGCUCCGUAUCCUCCGGCGGUGCCCUCAGCGUCGCUGGCUCCGUCCGCCCGUCUUCCUCCCAGCGAGUCGCCGGCUCCUUCAUCAACGGCUCCGGCCGCCCACAAACAUCUGGCGGUGGCUUCAACGGCAUCCCCACCAACCAUGGCAGAAUUUCUGGCAAGUACAUGCCUUAUGCCCUGCUGGAUUUCGAUAAAAUGCAGGUCUUCGUCAACUCUGUCGAGGGCACGCCGGAGAGCCCCCUGUGGGCUGGAGGAAACACCCAGUACAAGUUCGAUGUGUCCCGUGUGACCGAGCUCGUCAUUCAUCUGUACAUGCGCAACCCGAUGGCACCCCCCGGAGCCGGUCGUAGUCAGGAUAUCUUCCUCGGUGUCGUUCGCAUCAACCCCCGCUUCGAGGAGAAGCACACCUUUGCCGAGGACCCCAAGGCGAGCAAGAAGGACCGCGAGAAGGCCGCCGCCGACUUUGCCACCCGCGAGCGUGCUCUUGGCCACACCGGCGUUGAGUGGGUAGAUGUGCAAUACGGCACCGGAAAGCUCAAGAUUGGUGUCGAGUACGUGGAGAACCGCGCAGGCAAGCUCAAGAUUGAGGACUUUGAGCUGCUCAAGGUGGUAGGCAAGGGCAGUUUCGGCAAGGUCAUGCAAGUGCGCAAGAAGGACACAAACCGUAUCUACGCCCUCAAGACGAUCCGCAAGGCACACAUCAUCUCGCGUUCUGAAGUCGCCCAUACCCUGGCCGAGCGAUCAGUGCUGGCGCAGAUUAACAACCCCUUCAUCGUUCCCCUCAAGUUCACCUUCCAGUCUCCCGAGAAGCUCUACUUCGUCUUGGCCUUUGUCAACGGAGGUGAGCUGUUCCACCACCUGCAAAAGGAGCAAAGGUUCGACGUCAACCGCUCGCGGUUCUACACGGCCGAGCUUCUGUGCGCUCUUGAGUGUCUCCACGGCUUCAACGUCAUCUACCGUGAUCUGAAGCCCGAGAACAUUCUGCUCGACUACCAAGGCCACAUCGCCCUGUGCGAUUUCGGUCUCUGCAAGUUGGACAUGAAGGACGAGGACCGCACCAAUACCUUCUGUGGUACUCCCGAGUACCUGGCGCCCGAGCUGCUUAUGGGACAGGGCUACAACAAGACGGUGGAUUGGUGGACGCUCGGAGUCCUCUUGUACGAGAUGCUUACGGGACUACCGCCCUUCUACGACGAGAACACGAAUGAGAUGUACCGCAAGAUUCUCUCGGAACCCCUCCACUUCCCCGGCCACGACGUGGUACCGCCGGCCGCCAAGGACCUUCUGACCAAGCUGCUCAACCGUGACCCUAAGGAGCGUCUCGGUGCCAACGGCUCGGCCGAGAUCAAGGCGCACCCCUUCUUCCACGCCAUCGACUGGCGAAAGCUUCUGCAGCGCAAGUAUGAGCCGGCGUUCAAGCCCAACGUGGUGGACGCCCUCGACACGGCCAACUUUGAUCCCGAAUUCACAUCAGAAGCGCCGCAGGACUCGUACGUUGAGGGACCGAUGCUCUCGCAGACGAUGCAGAACCAGUUCCAGGGCUUCAGCUACAACCGACCGAUUGCAGGACUGGGCGAUGCGGGUGGCAGUGUCAAGGACCCGUCAUUUGUGGGCAGCAUCCAGGACCGAUAA